AUGUCGGUCUUUCAAACAUCUUCUCACAUUUACACUCGAUUGAAGGGUACAAUUCCCUCGGUCAUCUCAUGGGGUCAAGGGGACGGGUCCACAAAAGGCGACCCCCGGAAAAGCGUGAAAUGGAUUGACGGUCUUCGUGGAAUUGCCUCUUUCCUUGUGGUUCUCACCCACCUUGCUCGCGCCUGGGACUAUGACCUCUUCUCACCCCGAGAUUCAGAAGAUGCUACACCGCGAAUUCUACAAUGGCCAAUCCUCCGUAUCCCUUGGCAAGGUCGCAUCGGUGUGACCAUCUUUGCAUUUUUGACUGGCUAUGUCUGUGCUCUCAAACCUCUCAAACUCUCUCGUGCCCACGAUACAACGGCUGCCUUCACAACAAUAGCCAAAAGCGCGUUUCGGAGACCGCCCCGCCUUAUAUUUCCCGCCACGAUUGCGUUAAUCAUUUCAUGGACCGUUGCUCAAUUUGGAGGUUUCAUAGUUGCAAAUCGAUCCGACUGCUGGUGGUGCCGGUAUGCAGCGCCAGAAUUAGAGGAUUCUCUUUGGAAAGAAAUCAUUCGCCUAGGGCUGAAUUUCUUGUCAACAUGGACGACGGGUUAUAUGGCAUACGAUGACCACCAAUGGGCGCUUCUGCCGUUACUCCAGGCCUCAAUGCUGGUGUAUAUCAGUCUUUUUGCAACCAUGUUCGUUCAAUUCCGGUAUCGCAUGGUCUUUUAUGUUGGCAUGAUCUUAUAUUUUCAUCAAGAUGCCUCAAAAGACGUCGAAACAUUUCAAAUGCAGGCCUUCUAUGGCAUGCUCUUGAGCGAUCUUUCUUAUUCUGCUACGCUAAAAAAUUGGGUCGAAAACCAUUCCUAUGGCCGGAAAAUGAUUACCAUCCCGCUCACAAUUGCCGGUCUUUUCAUAGCCUCCUACCCAGGCGAGCACCCUGAGUGGAUGCCCUGGUCCGACUGGAUGUUCAAUCUUGCUCAGUAUAUCUUCCCGCCGGAUGUGAAUAUCGGAAAACGUUAUACAGCCAUCGGCGUUGAUAUGAUUAUUCUUGCUAUCUAUCUCUCCCCAUCGACUAAAGAUUUCCUUUCCAACCGACUACUCCUCUGGUUCGGGAAGCAAAGUUUUGCAGUUUAUCUGAUCCACGGAACAAUGCUGCGUGUCAUUCUUUGCUGGAUGCUAUAUGGAAUCAGUGGCCAGCCAUGGGAAGGGAGUGAGGCGAGCACCGAUGAUGACCGUGACUGGUUGCCACUACGCCCGCCUUGGGUUGUGGCCAUCAGUAUUCCUGUUUGGAUUGGCCUCGUGUAUGCCCUGGCGGCAGCCUGGACUGCUUACGUUGAUACAUUUUGUGCCUCUAUGACGCAGAAACUAGAGCGUGCUGUUUUCAAGGAGGAUGAGCAAGCGUCAUUGCCGCUGCCUGCUGUUUCUAUUCCCAUGCAGACGACAUGA